AUGGCGAAAAGAAGGCUUGAGGAGGACGAGAAUAUAUCCGAAGAGGAGACGGACGUUGGAAUGAGCGUUACGAACGAGAUUGGGAGCGAGGAUAUGGACGAGAUCAGGGAGGAUUUGUAUGAAUCCGAGAGGGUGUUUGAGGAAAGUGAGGCUGUUGAGCAUUCUGAUAUUGAGGACCUCAUAGGGCAGGAAGCGGGGAGCAUAAGGUCUGAGGAAAGUAGGACGAGGGCCGGGAUCAUGCCUGAGGACGAAUACGAUGCAGAGGACAUAUUCAAGGCGUCGGAGGUGACCAAGGACUUCUUUGAACAGGACUUCUUCAGAGUCAAGUUGGUUAAAAAGUUCAUUUGUUUUUUUAACGAGUUUAAGAGCAAGAAGUAUGUUGCGAAGAUUCGGAAAAUGUGUUCUGAGAAUCUUGAGAGCAUAGAAGUAAGCUAUCUGGACAUUGAGGAGGAGUCUAUGGACCUGAUUAAGCUUCUCAAUCAGCAUGCAGAGAUGACGAUUGAGGUGAUGGAUAAGGCUUUGUCUGACGUGGUAAGGAUGCAGUUUCCCAACUACCAUAUGAUAAAGCCCAAGGUGCAUGCAAGGAUCAUUGACCUCCCUGUUUGCGAUACCAUUCGGUCGCUAAGGAAUAGCCAUCUUGGAAAGCUAGUGAAGGUUAGCGGCGUUGUUACAAGAAGAAGCGGAGUGUUUCCGCUUUACUCCAUUGUGAAGUUCAGUUGCCUUAAAUGCAAGUCUGUCUUCGGACCGUUUGUGGCAUCUUCGUUCAAGCCCACACAUUGCUUUGAAUGCCAGUCGAAAGGGCCUUUUACAGUCAACACGACGGAGACCAUCUAUAAGGACUUCCAGAAGCUAACGAUCCAAGAGAUUCCUGGAAGUAUCCCGGCUGGAUCUCUUCCCAGGUCAAAAGAGGUGCUGCUGUUUUAUGACCUAAUUGAUUGUGCGAAGCCUGGGGAGGAGGUGGAGGUUAUUGGGGUGUACAAGAACAACUUCAAUGUAUCUCUGAACAUCAAGAAUGGAUUUCCUGUGUUCUUCACAGUGAUUGAGGCCAGUUCGAUUAGCAAAAGGGCUGGCAAGAUCGAGAUGACUGACGAUGACAUCAGAGAGAUCAAGAAGAUCGGAAGGCAUCCGGAGAUCAAAAGAAUAGUGAUAAAUUCGAUAGCACCUUCUGUGUAUGGGCAUUCAGAGGUGAAGAGGGCCAUAGCCCUGGCGAUGCUUGGUGGAGUUGCCAAGGAAAGCACAAGCCAUAGGAUCCGGGGGGAUAUAAAUGUCCUUCUCUUGGGAGAUCCUGGAAUGGCCAAGUCCCAAUUUCUCAGGUACGUGGAAAACACGUCCCACCGGGCUGUCCUGGCAACGGGGCAGGGGGCCUCGAGCGUGGGGCUUACUGCAUCUGUUCGAAAGGAUCCUGUUGUGAAGGAAUGGACUCUUGAGGGAGGAGCAUUGGUACUGGCUGAUAAGGGUGUGUGUCUUAUCGACGAGUUUGACAAAAUGAAUGAGCACGACAGAACCAGUAUCCACGAGGCGAUGGAGCAGCAGUCAAUCUCGAUAUCGAAGGCAGGGAUUGUUGCGACGCUUCAUGCAAGGUGCAGUGUGAUAGCAGCAGCAAAUCCAAUAAGAGGGAGGUACAAUGGGUCUCUAACGUUCUCACAGAAUGUGAACCUCAGCGACCCAAUCAUAUCGAGGUUUGACAUUCUUUGUGUUACAAAGGAUAGCAUAGAUGCAGGGGAGGACGAGAAAACAGCAAGGUUCAUCAUAGACUCGCACGGCGGAUGUGGAAGGGAGAAACCUAAUGGGUUUGAUGCAAAGAGGAUGAUGAUGAGCCAGGAUCUACUGAGGAAGUACAUACUGUAUGCAAGGACCAAUGUCAUGCCUGCCUUCAAUGACGUUGACAUAGAGAAGAUUUCAAGCUUGUACACCGAGCUUCGGAAGGAAAGCUUGCCUUCAGGACUUCCUGUGACUGUCCGGCACGUGGAAAGCAUUGUCCGGAUCAGCGAAGCAUUUGCAAAGAUGAGGCUUAGCUCGAUUGUUUCUGCUGAGGACAUUGAUGAGGCCAUUUCUGUUGUUCUUGACUCUUUCAUGGGUGCUCAGAAAUACUCCAUGUCCAAGAGCCUGAGGAAGAAGUUUGUAAAGUAUUUCAAUAGAAGCAACACCGAUGUCCUAGUCUUCCUUUUGAAGGAGAUGUUUAAUGAAAAGAUGAAGGCGUUCCGCUCUCAAUCAGUGUCUGUGGACGAGUUUGAGCGUCGAAUCUCUUCCUUUGGGUUUUCGGUCCCCUCCAACUUCUAUUUAUGCGACCUGUUCAAGAACAAUGGAUUCAGACUUGACAAAGAGGCAAGGCUCAUAUUGAGAAGCACCCACUGA